AUGACUACCACUACAGAACUUCAUCCUCUCACGAGGACGCUUACAGACAUGUUGGACGACGAAUUGAUGCACAUGUCUGCCAAUAUGGGUCAAGACACAAUCAACACGCCGAAAUCGUGGAAAAACCGGUCGUUGGAAGAUCUAAUGGUCGCUCCAGACCAUGCAAGCACUUCUUUAUACGAGACCGAAGAACGGAAACAGUCCAUGUUCAGCAAGUACGCCGACCCAUCGCUGACAACGAUGUCUUUCCAAAAGCCCAGUUCGCAUUCCAGAAAUGUCCCGGGGCCUCCUUCGUCGCUGACGCCGGUGCAGGCAACCGUGUCGCUCAACAAAGUCAUGAACAUCAACCCAUUCGUAGCUCGUCUACCCAGUGCUACGACGCCGGAAGUUCGAAUCUCGUCGCCCGCCCUUUUUCAGGGCGAAGACGAAGAUAUGAUGAUGAACACCGGCCCCGAUAGCUUCCCUCCAGAUCUGUACGACGACUACAGCGGGCAUCAGAAAAUGUUCAGUUGGCCUCUGCAGGAUUCUGCUACACUGUCUCAAGAUGCCAUGUUUCUAUUUGAUCGUGAGUUUGGCAACGACCUCAGCGACGAAGAAGAAGACGAUGACGACGAAUGCGAGUACAAUUGCAAUGACAGAGACUGCACACAUAUACAUCACCCAGCGCCACCUUUACAAGAUGACAGCAUAGAUUCGUACCCUCAAACGGAAAAUCCUGAAGACGAUUCUCUCAUAUUUGAUAGAAGCAGGCCCGGUGCCAAGUUUGUCGACGAUCAUCCAAACGACAAGGUCAUCAUCGAAGAUGAUGAUGACGAGGAUGAAGACGCAGUGGUGCUUUCCGAAAGCAGUGGAGCGCGCGGAGGAAAUAUGGUUAAAGGUUUGUUAUACGACCACAGAAGAAGUAGUAUGGUUUGUCUAGAUGAUCAAUUCAACAGCGCCCCGUCUAGUGCUCAUAUAUCACGCGAACCUUCUCUACCUGCAGAUCCAGCACAUUUAUCCAGCUCCUCAUUCAACAUCAGCAGUCCCGUUUCUUUGUCUUCACUCCCGGCCAUCGGUAGGAAGAAGAAAUACCCAGGUAGACGGAAAUCCUGCACGGCGGCAUCUUCGACUCCAACUUUGAAGAAGAAAGCAUCACCACUAACAGCUCCGAGCAGUGCUUCCGCAGGUAAUUCAAACGAAGUUCAUACAUGCGAGCUUAUAAAUCCCAUAACAAAUGAAGUAUGUGGCAAGAAGUUCUCAAGACCGUACGAUCUCAUCCGACAUCAAAAGACUAUUCACGCUAGUAAGAAAAAGGUUUUUCGCUGCGUUAUAUGCAUACAGCAGCAAGGAGCUGAGGGUUAUGAGAAAACAUUCUCUCGUGGUGAUGCGUUGAGCCGACAUAUCAAGGUCAAACAUGACCUGACGGGGGCAGAGGCCCAAAAGGCUAUGCAAUUCGCUAAGGAGAACGUGGAAUACGCACACGGCUAG